UUACCACUUGCUGUCAUUCUUUCAACCAUUUAGUUCAAACGUUGCAAAUGGUUAUGCAUGGAUAAAAGUUAUCUGUUUAAUUGAGGAAUAAGCUUUGUUUUUCUCAUAGAAACCACAAAAAAAUCAUAAAAAUGGCGUUGAGGACUUACGGCGAUAAGCCGAUAAGCUUCCAAAUAGAAGAAGGAGGCGAAUUCUACUGCGUCGGCUCCGAGGUUGGAAAUUACCUGCGGUUAUUCCGUGGGUCUCUCUACAAGAAGUACCCGGGUAUGGCCCGGCGUACCCUGACGAAUGAGGAAAGGAAACGUCUCAUCGACAAUGGACUAGGAGCCCAUGUGCUAUCAAGCUCGGUAUCACUCCUCAAAGCCUCAGAGGUUGAAGAUAUAAUAGAGGGCAACGAUGAUAAGUAUGUGUACAAAGCUGUAUCGGUCAGCCAGGAGCUUGCUACACCGAGGGAGAGCAAGAGUAAGAAGCCACAUAACCAGUCCUGGUUACCGGUUAUGCCAAACUCCUCACAUUUGGAUGCUGUACCACAGGCCACACAGAUAAGCCGGUCACGGGUUCAUAAUAAGAAGGUGCGCACAUUCCCACUAUGUUUUGAUGACACAGACAUGACCGCCAUGUUGGAGAACUCGUCACAGAAGCAAAUACUAGUGCCAAUCAGGCUGGAUAUGGAAAUUGAGGGUCAAAAAUUAAGAGAUACAUUCACAUGGAAUAAAAAUGAAUCAAUAAUAACACCGGAGCAAUUUGCGGAAGUGUUAUGCGAUGACUUAGAGUUAAAUACGAGCACAUUCAUCCCGGCCAUAGCGUCGUCUAUCAAGCAACAGAUCGAGGCGUACCCGAGCGAGCCGCCCGCCAUAUUGGAAGAGCAGCCCGAUCAGAGGGUCGUCAUCAAACUCAACAUACAUGUCGGGAAUACUUCACUUGUUGACCAGGUUGAAUGGGACAUGUCUGAGAAGGAGAACAAUCCGGAGCAGUUUGCGAUGAAGCUGUGCGCGGAGCUGGGCCUGGGCGGCGAGUUCGUGACGGGCAUCGCCUACAGCGUGCGCGGCCAGCUCAGCUGGCACCAGCGGACCUACGCCUUCAGCGAGGCGCCGCUGCCCGUCGUCGAGACGCCAUACCGCCAGCCCUCAGAGGCCGAGCAGUGGGCCCCUCACCUGGAGACGCUCACCAACGCCGAGAUGGAGAAGAAGAUCCGCGACCAGGACCGCAACACACGCCGCAUGCGGCGACUCGCCAACACCACGCCCGAUGUGUCGUUGAGUCGCGCUGUGAACCGCCUGAUCCGCGCCGACGAAGCCCUCUUCCAAUCAACGCCAGAAAAAAGGAGGAAAAAGAUUUAAUCACCCAGCGCCAAUGGAGGAUCUCUGUCUUAGAUUGUAGACAAGCAUAUACCCUAUAUUAAUAAACAAUAAACCAUAGCAUAGGUUUACUCACGCGUAUUUAUCGGGAUUGCCCGACUAGUUUCGGAUCUAACUGAAGUCCUUCUGAACUGAAUCAGUAACUAUUCUUGCAAUCCCAAUAAAUAUUCGUGAGUACCAUUCAAUAAUGAAUCAUCCUUACUAAAGUUACUAUAAAAAUAUGCCCUGUAAUACUUUGAAUUAUUAUAGCGUUGUCACAUGUCUAUGUUGCUAUGAUGCGCCCCUCAAAAUCAAAGGCGCACAACUCUACACUGUGUUAAUGAAUGUCGUUAUUCCGAUUCUUUGUUACAACGCAGUGUUGUGGCCUCGCUCUUAUCUCUUUUGAACACGGGAUACUACAAUUAACCAAUAUCUGACGACAAUCUCCACCCAACUAUUCAGACCAUAUCAAGUAGUUUUAUAUAGACACACUUUGUUCAAGCUAAAUUCAUCGGCUAUUGAGGAUUGCAGAUAUUUUGUGCAUAAUCGUCUUUAAUUUUAUAUUAAAAUUUAGCCCAUAUUUCUUGCUUCUUCAGAAAAAAGAAGUGUACUUCAAAAUAAUUUAAUUAAUGAGGUAUAAUCUUAAUACAAGCAGACCAGUGCUUAGAGAAAGUCAAAACAACGAUUUUUUAAGUAACGUAAUCUUCUCCUACUUUUUUUAGUUAUUAUUAUAUUACUUUAUUAAUUAAUGGCUAUUUGACACAGCCUUAUUAUAGUUAUUAAUAUUCGAUACUAAGUGUAAUCCAGUAAAAAAUAGAAUAUAUCGGGCCUAAGGCAUAUAAGGUUAGUUACUGAUUGGCCCGUAUGGCUUUAUUCUGCAUUUAUUAUAAACAUUUCGUACAUUCGUACUAUACUUGGUAAUAUACAUAUUAAAAAAAAACUAAUAUUUUAUAUCCAUAAAGAAGAAUUGUAAACGCAUUCAUAAAAAAGAAGACAUAAAACUCAAUCCUUCGUUUUUUUAAGAAAUGCAUUCCAAAACGUUUCAAUUCGAUAUAGUUUUCCAAAAUCUGAGAUUUUAAUUUAGUUAGUAAUGUUAUAUUUUUAAAAGCGUUUAGGGUGGGUAUCUGCCAGCUGUUGCAGAUUCUGGUGGAGUGAAGCUUAGUGAGGGCCAUUAAUCAGUUUAUUAUUUUUUACUUGGGGUUAUACCUAGAAAUAUCAGUGUUAAAAAGGUUUCGACCCCUAUCCAUUGACAAUUCUCAAUCCGCUCUGUUACGCGUCAAUAGAAAUCUUUUAACAGGGCAAAAGCCUCUCUUUCCAAUACUUUAGCGUUUUCAUUUAAUUCUGGUUGUUUUUAAGAUGUCUGUGAUUAGUUGAUAAUUCUUUUAUUUGAGGAGGCGUAAACAUAGAUUUAAUUAUUAAUGGCUUUGAGAUUUUUAUUAGAUUUCGAUCUGAGUCUUUUUUAUUUUUCAUAGAGCUCUCUUAGAGAUAGUUUAAAUUUGAUUUAUGAUUUAGCUUUUAUACGUAAUUGGUCUAUAAGUUACAGUAAAUCAUUAGUUUUAGUCACAAAGUAUGUUUUUAGCUGUUUAAAUAAACGCCGUCAGAUAAAACAUCGCGCAAGUAAUUAGACGUUUAGAUUGUCCAGUCACUCUCGCAAAGUGACAUUUUAACAAACAUUAUCGUUGAUAACAAACACAAGAAUGUAUGGAGAUAACAGGUUAAAGUCACUUGACAUAUUGUGCCAAACAAAAUGUCAUUUCCAUACAUUUGAAAAAUUGACGCUAAGAAGAUUUGGAGAUAUGUAACUUGGCUGAAGGGGUAAGUAGUCCUACUAUCUCUUAGUAAGCCUGUUUCAGGUGUGGAAAAGAGACACAAUACUGUGUUUGUAUGUGUUGUCUCGCUUCGACAACUGUUACAGUUUUACUUUAAGAGGUGAUGGGAUGUGGAAUAUAAAUAGUUUUUUUUCUUUAAUUUUAGUAGUAUAUUAGUUUCCAACGCAUGGGGGAGGAUCGAGCAGCUAAAAGAGCGUAUCUGGGUCAACCAACAGGACGCAGACCUGUUGGUCGCCCCAGGUACCGCUGGCGGGAUAUGGUGGAAGCGGACCUACGUGUAAUCCAUGCCAACAAUUGGCAGGAUACAGCGCAGGACCGCACAGAAUGGAGAGUUCUCGUUUCGGAGGCCAAGACUCACUUCGGGUCGCUGAGCCGAGAAAGUUAGUUAGUUAUUAGUUUUCAUAACGAAGUUUUGAAGUUGAUCAGUGGAUGUCUUAAAAUAGCGUUUUCACAAUCAUCUUUAUACUUUUUACAUUAUCUAGAGAACAGUAAUAGAAUAUGUAGAGAUAUUAACGCUGUAUCCAGAGCCACCACUAUGCCUAACUUUGAUAUAAGAUACGUAGUCCUUGUAUUAAUAAACGAUUAUGUAAGA